AUUUGUGCGCUCAAUUCAAGCUUGCUGCUGCUAGCUAGCAACAUCAAGCGCUCGCGAUCGCUUCGAUUCCCCCAAUUCCCGCGUGCGUGAUAUCAGGUGAAAAAUAUCAUCUUGAUCAUCAUCAUCAUCACGAUCAUGGUCUGAUCUUGGUACCGUACUUAGUCUUAGAGCUCAUAAAAACAUCAUUUCGUCAUGGACAGUACUGACCGUACAAGUCGAGAUGAAACUGUCAAUCCUCAUGAUGUCAUUCCCACUCAACUGAAGGCAGUUCUUCCAGAUAAUUAUGACUAUGUCAUAACAUCUUUCAGUCUCCAAGAUGCUGGAUUCACUGCUUUACUGGAAGCAAGUGCACCAGAUGCCAUGAAGUGGAAGCAAGACUUCGAAGAAUCCUCGAAGUGUACUUGGAGGGUACAGAGAACCCACCCAUGUCAAGGACAACGUAUCCUUUUCAAGGUAAUUAUCAAGUCGUUUUAUCCGUAUCACAUUAUAGAAAAAAUGAUGAAGUAUGAAAUACUGUUCUGAUACUGCAACAAAAAACAAUGAAAAUUUUGUUUU